AUGGCGGAACAUCAGAACCCGACGGAACCUCAGGAACCGGCGAAGCCUCAGAAACCUUGGAUUCUUGAUCUUCCAAACGAGCUCCUGACAGAAAUACUGGAACUCUACGCGGCAAGUCUGGAACCCACAAUGCCGGUGAUCUUCACCUGCCGCCGCUUCUACCAAGUUGGCCUACCUAUUCAUCACCAACGUCUGAAGUUAAGUUCCAGCGAGUUGUCCCCCUUGAAGGACCGCAUGAAGGUGCUAGAGCGAAGGCUCCAGGAGGGUCCCACGCUGGGCCCGUAUUGCCGUGACCUUUGCAUCUAUUCCAACGAUACGGAAGAGACCGAUACUGACAGCAGCGAUCGUGUCGACAGCGGCUCGGACGACAGCUACUUGGACGACAACUUUUGGCCCAACAGUGGCUCGAACGACAUCGAUCUCACUUACAACCCUGACAACUUCCCAUUUCUCCGAAACAUCGCAUCGCAUCUUCCCAAAGUUAAUUCUCUUGAAAUAGACGGAUGUCUUGAAAUAGAUGGAGAAUCAUACUGCCCCAAAAACAAGGAUACCUGGAACCUCUUCCGUUUUUGUGUGGCUUCUAUGCCGUCUCUCCGAACAGUGUCUCUGCGCAGGCAUUUUUCUGGUGAACUAGAAGUUCAUAAGGUUUUGGACGCUCUGAAAGGCACAUCAGUUCGACGUCUUACGCUGAACGGAGACGCGUCUUCCAAUUCGUCUAUAGAGGAAUUGACAUCACGGUACUCACUGAUCCGUAUCAAGGACUUCGGGCCCUCCUGCAUAACCGAGCUAAUCUUGAAAAUGCAUGACGAGAGACCAGAGGCCACAGGUUGCCUUCUCGGUAAUUGGCCGCAACCCCUGACGAGGCUCACAAUCAAGAACUCCUAUCUCAAAAGCACAUAUAUGGACUUGCCGAUGCUUGGGCCAAUGCUGGAAAAGCACAAGGACACUCUCGUCAAACUCUCGAUUGACACCCUUUCAAGUGAAGAAGGUAGGGGGAAACUAUGUGACUUUUCCGCGUUUCGAGCGCUGGAGGAACUGGAGCUUGCUAUGUAUCAGAUCGUAGCGCAUUGGCCGGCGGAAUUCGGCGAGAAAGAGUACGGUCUUCUCUUACCGCCCAAUCUAAGCGUUUUCAAACUGAUAAUUACUGGCAUUUGCAAGGAUAACUAUGAUCAUUUUGAUGACCAGGCAGGGAGUUGGCUGCGAGGCUUUGCGAAGGCAGCAGUUCGCCAGAAAAUACCACUACGAAAGAUUGCCAUCGACGUCCCAGUCUUAUUAGGCAAGCGCAAUAAGAUGAAUUCCUUCCUAGUAUGGCACAAAGAAGAUGCCCCAGAGAUCGAUAUAUUUUGGGACAGGAUAGAAGCUCUAGAGAAAGACUUGGGGUCGAUGGGCAUAAAAGUGACUUAUUAA